AUGGCUUCCGUAAGCCAGGAAAUCCGAAACGUUGCAGUCGUCGGUGGUUCCGGUCUACUCGGGUCUUUGAUUUCGAAAGAACUCCUCCAAUCUGGUUUAUUCAAUGUCACUAUUCUGAGUAGGGGACAGGGAGUUGACGCCGGCCUCGGUGCAAAUCUAGCCAUUGUCGACUACAACAAUGAAGAGAGUCUUGUCAAGGCACUAGCGGGCCAGGAUGCUGUCGUGAGCGUACUCUCAAGAGAGGCAAUUCCGCUUCAAAUCCCAUUGAUUGACGCAGCCGCUACCGCCGGCGUCAAGAGAUUCAUUCCAUCCGAAUUCGGAUCGAACCUACAAGAUCAUCAAAUACGAAAAUUUCCGAACUACAAACAAAAGGUUCAAGUGGAAGAAUACUUGGAGCAAAAAGCUAGGUCUCACGGCAUAACUUACACCUACAUUUACAACAACGUGUUUAUCGACUUGUCAAUCGAGACCGGAGUUGUCCUUGACUUCAAAGAGCGAAAAGCGCGUUUGUACAACGGAGGGGAACGGGCGGUCUCUAUGAUCACGAUGCCGACUGCGGCGCGAGCAGUUGUCGCCGUCCUGAAGCACUCAGAAGAGACCAAGAAUCGGCCCGUUUACAUCCACGAAGCACUCAUGUCCCAGAAGGAGAUACUCGGCUAUGCGAAAGAAGUCAUCUCGGAGGGAGAAUGGUACGAAGAACAGGUUCGCCUGGACGAACUUGAGAAGCAUCUUGCCGCACAGGCAACUGUGGACGGGUCCAAGAUGGGCGUUUUCCACGUGUACGCUGUGAAGGGCGCAUUUGGUGACGGGCUUGGGAACCAGUAUGGAGAGACUGAUAACCAACUAUUGGGGAUACAGCCGUUAUCUGAAAAGGGCUUCAAGGAAAUGUUGGCUGAUAUCAUUGCGAAGAAGUAA